AUGGAUACCGCACGCCUUAGUUUUCUCAACAAUGCUUCGCUCAACAAGCUUAGUUUUGAGUUUCCUACAAUAGAUACCCUUGGUAUUGUGGAUAAUCCUUACUAUGCCUUAGUAGAUAGUCUUGAGCUGGUUACGAAAGGUCAGGUAAAAUACCAUCAGGGGUUCAGUGCACUCAGCUAUGUAGGCAAUCGUGAUCUUUGUGGGCCUCCACUUACCAAAAUAUGUUUCCAGGGUGGUAAACCUAACAACACAGAGCCAAUAGAUGAAGAUGGAGAUGAGUUUGCAUUUUUGUCGUGGCUUUACAUUGGAAUAGAAUCUGGAUUUGCCACGGGCUUUUUGGGAUUUUGUUGUGUCAUUUUCUUAAUCAGAAAAUGGAGGCAUGCAUACUUCAAGUUUCUUUAUGACUUGAAAGACCAACUUUAUGUCAUGGUGGCCAUCAAAAUGAAUUCUUUUCGUUGA